AUGAUUAUGAUGAUUGAACGCCACUGUGCGUCCAGGAUUUGAAACACGAGCGAACGGGUUAACGUGCUGUGGGUUUGACGCAGGAGCGGUUCACAGGCGGCAGGUGGAGUGGGGACGCGCAGACGGAUGAGCCCGGGGACCAGAGCGCAGAUCGCGGCGAAAUCACUCGUCCCCGCAGCAGGGCAACACUCUGGUCGUUUCAGGAGACACGCGGGCAGCGUUCCGUCCUGUGUUCAAAGAAACCCCAUCCCUGCGCCUGUUCGAACGCGGAGGGAUGCGCUCCCCGCGCGCCGCCGCGGCGCCGCGCUCGCCGCCGGUCGCCGGAUAGAUGACUUGAGAAACUGCCGUCGGAAAGUGAGCGCAGCGGCUUCAUGGGACAUGACUGUGGCCGGGAGACAGCAACCCGAGCUGACCGAGCGACCCGCCAGCCUCCUGGUCCCGACUCCGACAAAAUCUGGAAUUGCUUUGCUGUACAAUGAGGAGACCAACAAUACCUAUGAUGUCUGCCUGAAACUGACCAAAGGGGUAUUAACCAUACAGAAGCUGGAUGUGGUUUGCACGAGUGGAAGCGAAUCCCAAGUAAACCACAGAACUGUUGUACUGCGAAGACAAGCGACCGGCGGUCUGGGCUUAAGCAUCAAAGGAGGUGCAGAGCACAAUGUGCCCGUGGUCAUUUCAAAGAUUUUCAAAGAUCAAAUAGCCGAUCAGUCGGGGAAGCUAUUCGUCGGGGAUGCUGUGUUGCAGGUCAACGGCAUCAAUGUAGAGCACUGCACUCAUGAGGAAGUUGUUCACCUCUUGCGCACUGCAGGAGAUGAGGUCACCAUCACUGUUCGCUACCUGCGAGAAGUUCCAUCAUUCCUCAAACUGCCUCUCGGUUCUCCUGGGCUGUCCACGGAUCACAGCAGAGUAUCAUCCCCCCUCUUUGACAGUGGCGUUCACUUGAAUGGAAACGGAAACAACACGGCUCCGUCGCCCCCUUCGCCCUCUGCGAACGAACCAAAGUAUGAGAAACGCUGGCUGGAUGCCGUCUCCCUGCCCUUAUUGAUGGCCAGGGUCUCCAGAUACAAAGCUGGCACAGAUAAAUUGAGGUCCAACUGUUUUGAAGUGUUCGCCUUGGAUGGAGCCAGCACCAAUAUUCUUCAAUUUUGCACUGCAGCAGAAAGCACCGACUGGCUCCAAGCAAUAUCCUCGAAUAUCAGUGACUUGACACAAGAAAACAUAAAGAUCAUCAACAAAUACUGUGCUUCAGAUGACCAGGUUGUGCACAUGGGCUGGUCGUGUGAAAGCCCUGAGGGCGGCCCCGCUGGUCUAAGUGCAACAUUCAAGUUCCUGGCACUGAGAGGACCGUAUUUUUAUAUCUUCAGAAGUCCCCCGAUCAGCGCCGCUGACUGGGGACAAGCCGAAACGACGUAUAACCUCUAUGAGGUUCUUUUCAAGGUUCACAAGCUGUGGCUGGCGGAGGACUGCUGGCUCCAGGCGAGGCUCUACUUGGGGCUGGAGCACUCACCCGAGCAGCAGGACAACGAGAGUCUGUGCUUCAGCAUUCUGGUGGGCCACGGCCAGAGCCACACCUUCAGGGUCGAGCUGGCCACUGACCUGGCGGUCUGGGAGAAGUCCUUCCAGAGGGCCGUCUCCCUGGAAGUGCAGCGGAUACGAUCCAAAAGCUAUAUGUGCAGCAGCCAGGGGAACGUCCUGUGCUUCACCAUAGAUUUUGGAUCGGGCUUCACCUGCUCAGAGGGCCCCUCAAAGACCGUACUGUGGCGAUAUAAGUUCUCUCAACUGAAAGGCUCCUCCGAUGAUGGGAAAACCAGGGUGAAACUCCUCUUCAAGAAUGCCGAAAGCAAGCAAAUAGAAAUGAAGGAACUAGAGUUUGCCAAUCUGACGGCCGUCCUUCACUGCAUUCAUUCUUUUAUCGCUGCCAAAGUUGCCUCCAUGGACCCUCUCUUUAUGUGCAGCCAGAGCUUCCCUGGAAAUUACAUGAACAGAGGGAACUACAUUUUCCACCGACCGCACGAAUCCGAUGCUGGUUUAUUCUCACGGGAGGAAGUUCACAUCUGCCGCGGACUGCGUGAUCCGUCGUGAUGAAAAGCGAACCUCUCUUUCUUCCCGGCUCCUCUGGUUUACGCACUUUUCUUUUCCCGUGUCUGUGAAGAGGGAGAGAAAACUAAGACAAACACCAUAGGAUGUAAUGCAGUCCAAUUAGCCCCCAGAUAACUGAUCACUCAGAUGAAACAUGCAAAGCUUCACAUAGGCAGCAUUUACUGGAGGGCAACCUAUCGUGUAUGUUUGUGCUGCUGUAUCCACCUUACUGUAUUUCCACAUUUCUCCGGCUAAUGUGGACAUUUCACUGAAAUUAGGUCUUUCAAUGUUGUUGAAGCUCCUAUUCUAAUACACUGGGGUUAUGUCAUGGUUUCACUGCUAACAUACGGCACAUAUUGGCUGUGUUUUCAAUACACUGCUCAUAAAGCACAACUGCUUAUUACUGUAUAUGUCACAUGUACCCGCUCCCUGUGGGUUUCGAAGGUCAACCUUGGAAGUGGAGGGUUGUUGGUGAAUGUAAACUUGAACAUCGCCAAGCACAGACACGAACCUGCUCCUCUCCUCGUCGCCUGUUUGACUGCUGAAGACAAAUUAUGAGAUGACUUCCAGGCGAUAUUGUGAGAUUCAGUACAUGAAUCUCAUGAAAUCAUCUGGAUGACUCUCUCUUGCUCUUUUGCUUUGAAUUUUUUUUUUUGUGUGGGUAUGUGGGUGUGUUGGACGAUUGGGACGAAAUUGCUUUCCGUAAUCUUAACGUUACUAUGUUGUUGCCAGGCAACCAGCAAAAAGUACACAAAAUCUUCCCUUAAGAAAAAAAAACAAAAAAACUCAGGAACUGAACAAAUCUGUGAAAUUUUUUUAGGUAGAGGCCAAACCGGUUUGCUGCAACUUCAAUGUUCCAUCAUGUGAGGUGGAAAGAACAACAACAUUCUUCCCAUUCGCAAUCACUGGAAACGGAGCCGCUGUACAGACAUUGAUAUAUUUUAAUUAGCAUCACAAACUGGCAGGCGAUGACAGGUUGUGUUUGAUUGGCGCCUGGCCAAACUGGGUAAAAAAAAAAACUGGAUGCAUCAUCUCCACAGGUGGUCUGGCCGUCCCUCAGGUCCCCGAUACAAAUUGUUUUAAUCCUGGAAGGCUUAUGAAAGGAACACCACAGCACCGUAAGGAACAACGGUGUUGGCCAGUAACUAAUUACUCAGUAAUAUAUUACCGUAAUACAAUUACUUUUUUCAGUAACUAGUAGGAUUACAAUUUCGAAAAUAGUCAUAUUACAGUUACUGAUCCAGGUAACGGCGCAUUACUUAUUACUACAUGAUGACGUGUACGCGCCGGCAAGUCACGUCGGCUACGAGAUAACAAGCUAAACGAAGGAUAGAGGAUGACAGAGAUCUGGAUAAGCUCUUCGCUGGGUACGUCGUAGAUAAGAUGUUUGAGAAGCUUCUGCUGAUGACAUACAAUCAUUGUUUCACUUUUGAACAUUAGAACCCAUUUUAUGUUCUGUAAAACCAUCAGAUACUCCCUGCUGCUCUUAUGACUGAAUAUGCAGAACCCCCAAAAGUAAUAUAGGAAUAUAACGAGUAAAGUGACGAGGUAAUAUCAUUACUUUUUGUAAGAGUAAUAAGUAAUAAGUAACUUAUUACCCGUCCUGAGUAACCAACACUGUUGACCAACCAAGUUGACUGGUCACAGCCCUACGCAGCUGUUUCGUUGCCUUGUGUAACAUCCGAUUGAAUAAGCCUGAAGGACAUGUAUUGUGUCAGUGGUAGGUCAACGGAUUGAUCAUGACAAUGGCUUACAUUUUGGCUAAACCUGUGUGAUGGGUAACAUUAGUCACUUCUGUUCUCCAGUUGGUUUUGGUGUGGCAACCAGGUGGUGAUUCCAAUCUGUUCUGGCUGUGUUGUUUUCACAAGACGUACCUGCCCAAUCCAGGAAGACAGGGCUUGGCUGGCUAAUUUAAAUAAAUAAAAUUAAUUUUACUUUGGCCUUUUUAGUUCAGUGAGUCACAGAGGAUACAGAGUUGUUUACAUCAAUGAGCUUGACAUGAUACUACCUUUGGCAUGUCUGUAUUAAAGGAAUAGAGAAUAAACCCUAAUAUGUUGAACAUGUCUGUCCAAGCUCCCCCCCCCCAACUUUGGCCAAGAGCCAGUUAACUUGGAGUUCAAUGUUUGGUGCAAUGAAACCAGUGACGUCUGUAAUUUGGUAUCAUUACUUUUUCCAUAUUUCAUAUUUUCAUUUUUUAAAUGUUAAAAAUGCUUUUUCUCUACGUUGUCCACAAUGUAAAUCUCUUGAUUGUAACUUCAAAGUUAAGAAUAAUCUAAAAAGUCAAUAUGAAACCCAACGUGUCAUUACUUUUACGUGUAAAAAGUAAACUGUCCUGGUUUGGUGGCAAUGCUGUGCCUGUCUUAGCCUCGCGUGUUACAUAAUAACCGUACCAUACUUUUCCUGCGGGGUUGAAUUGCCAUUCAAAAAGAUACAACCCUUCCAAAGCUUAUGUUCUUUGACAUCAGUAAAACAUUAGUUUCAAAACCGAUCUUCACCACCACAAUAAAUUGCAUGCUUAUGCAGCGUUUGCACCUUGCAAAUGAGUAAACACCUUUGCAUUGGCAAUGAAUAAACGGGCAUUUGUUAUAGAACGCUGAAUAAUUUUAUUUUGUUAUUAUGAUAUUGUCAUGAGACGUGUUCUAUUAUUAAACAUGCAUGGAAAUUUCCCCAACUGCCGGGUUACCCGCAGCCUCGGUAUGUGCUGACUACCAGUGACUCAGCUUUGACAGCCAACCCUCCCCAAGUGGGCUUUCAAAGGCAUCAUUAGGCAACUUGGAGGGGAAAAAAGAGGGCGGAGAGUUGCUCCUUAUUGCUGGGCAUAUAUUUUUAAAUGAGCCAACUCAUUGGAGAAGUUGGAGAACAGACCACAGUGGCAGGAAAUGGCCGUAAAGUGGAUUCACCACCUCCUGACAGUGAUCAUUAGCCUACUAAGCUUGAGAAAGGUAGAAUUUAUUAUUUAUUAUUUCACUCGUGUCACAUAUUUUGUGCAUCCUCUAACGUAUGUGACAAUAAUUGAGUAAAAAUUGUGCAGUAGCUGAUAAAGGUCUGCCCGAUGUCACAAUGGGGACAAAAUAUUCAGACGCAUGCCGCAAGUUUUCCUACGGAUAUCAGCCGACUCGUCCCCCCCGACAAACUCCGAGAUCCCUUCGUUGGGAAGUUUGGGGUUCAAACUGUUUUGUGCCGAAGCUGAAGCAGCCACCGUGACAACACGAGUGGCACAGAGAGCCACAUCUGAGAUGAUCCUUAGCCCACUGCCGAGGUCGCUGCCAGCUGCUGACACACACACACACACACACACACACACACACACACACACACACACACACACACAGCGUCAUGAAGUUGCAUCAGCGGAGCAUGAAUUCCAAGUACACUGCUCAACUGUCAAUGGGCCGUGACACUCAACAGUCGACUCCAGUGCUGGUGGCGGCACUGAACCCUGAAUGCUAAGGUAUUUUCUGUGGCGAGGGGAAGUUUCCAGGGCAAAACUUUGUGGAGAGCCGUCGUGGCCUUUCUCGCCGCUGGUAAUCCCGACAGUCCGCAUCUAAAAACUCAGAAAAUAGGCGCGGUGAGGACGGAGCCACAUGGACGGAAAGCAGGACCGUGAACCCAUGAAAGGCCUGCAGUGGCUGCUGCUGAUACCCUGUGCCCUUUUAUUUCAUCAAAUCGGUCCUUGAAGGAAAAAGUUAGACAGAAAGGCAGAUACACCCUCCUUGUAUCUGUUAGGCCCUAACCCUAACCCUUAAUUAUUGAAAUCAAUGAUGCGAUUAUAAAUAGAAAAGCUCUUGUUAUUUGGUGAAAGCGGAUGUGACCAGUAUGUGCCCAUACUGCACAGGUUUGAGUUUGUGACUGCCAACAAGUGUGACAACUGAGCAGGCGUAAAAAAAACAACUCAAGUCACUGGACGCGGCGGAUCAUCGGUGAACUUUUACCGGAGCGCUAUCUAGACUGCGGUGACCUUCGAGGGGAAAAGGGAGCCAGAUCACUCAAAAUGGAGGAAGCUUUCACAGUUGAGUUGCCCCCAUCCACUUUAACUUAGUCUCUUCUGUAAGAGAAUAGAAAUGGUGUAACAGGCGGCGAAGAGACUAUGUUAUGCCAGAACUUAUUGCAAAGUGCCAGUAAAUAAAGGACAAUGUGGAACAAAAUGGAGUAUAUUUUGAUAUUUGGUGACAGAGUCACUCAUGAUAUCUUUUUUUACACUUUGACAAUCCUCAGUACGUAUGUGCAUUAUGUGGUCGCGUCACAAACUGGCUUCCUUGGUCAUCAUAUGUCUGUAUGCGAGAAAAAGAAUGCACAGCAUGCGUCACUAUUAUCUCAUGUUUUCUCUGGUAUUGUUCCAGGACAUAUCCAAUAGGCUGGGAUAAUGGGAGGAAAAAAAGUGCUUUUUUUUCUCUUGAAUCAGUCAACCAAGGACAAGAAACACACUGAAUCUCUGAGUUGCUCAGUGAGCGCUGGUUUGUUUAACCUUGGACUCCCUGCUGUCGCUGAAUAUAUAAGCAAUGGACUCCCUGCUUUAUCUCCAUACAUAAAGACGGGCUGGACAGGCCAUACUGCACCAGGACAUCUCUGUAUUAUUGAGAAGAUCUUUGACCAUUCAACUGUAAAUUUGCUGACAAAAAUGGC